AAAAAUCACGUGAUCUAAAAAUGGAGGACAAAUUUUUUUUUUCAGAAUUUGUUUAGAUCCAGAUUUUAUUGAUAUCGACAGAAUGGUUCAACUGCUUGCCUUUGAAGGAGUGUAACAGACUGUAGUCAAAGACAAAGACUUGCUUAAAUCAAACUGCAAUUACUGUGUCAAAGUACAUGUAAGCAUUAGGUAUACAGCUGGAAAAUCAUUUGGGAAAAAUUGUAAUACAUGUACCUGCAUGUUAUUUUCUGGUUUGAUUGACAUGCAGAAAAAGUUAUUUAGACCAUAGAUACAGUUCUUUGGCUUUACAAGUGAGAGAUGACUUCUUCAAAGGCAUCUAUAAUGAACCUUAUAGAGAGGCGUCUCAGUCUUGCCUUCAGAGAACUCAAUGAGAUGCCAGAUAACUUGGUACAAAAGCAUGGUCUUUACCUUGAGGAACUUGAUAUCAGUAACAACAAAAUCACAGAUUACAGGUUUUUGUUAGAACUGCCCAAGCUUACAACUCUUAUACUGGACAGCAAUGGACUGCAAUCUCAUGUAAAAUUCCCAACUCUCUCUACAUUAUCCACAUUGUGGGUGAACCAUAACAGAAUCAACAACUUGGGAGUAUUCAUAGGGACCAUCUCCAAAAGCUUCCCAAACCUCAAGUUUCUCAGUAUGAUGAACAAUGAGGCAGCCCCCAGCUACUUCAAUGGAGGUUCAUUUCAGCAAUACUCAGAUUACAGACAUUAUGUGAUAAGCAGACUUCCCAAGCUGGAAAUUUUAGAUGAUAAAGCAGUUGAGAUCAACGAGAGAGAGGAGGCUGAGAGAAUAUAUGGCAAACAUGUUGAGCAACCAGUUAUACAGGAGCAUAAAAGGAGAUCAAAGAAGAAGAAACAAACCCACAUUACUUGACCUUUUAUGUUUAUUUCUCACAAAGUGGAUCAAUGAACUCAUACUCUGCACUAGAAUGAUGAACUUGGAAUCUGCACUAGAAUGAUGAACUUGGAAUCUGCACUAGAAUGAUGAACUUGGACUCUGCACUAGAAUGAUGAACUUGGAAUCUGCACUAGAAUGAUGAACUUGGAAUCUGCACUA